AUGGCUAAACAGAAUACGAGGAUUAAAAAUAAAAGAUAUCAAAAAGGCGAAAGAAAUUGUAAUAAAUUUAGUUCAUCAGUAUUUUACUUUACUAGAUUGAAUAUAAAAAAAACAUUAAAUAAAGUUUAGAAAGGUUAUGAAGAAUUUAUAAAAUUAGUAAUAAAAAAAUCCUUCAAUGGUUUAAUUUAAUUAAGGUAAUUUAAAACAUAUUUAAUUAUGUAUAAAUAAAUCUUAUUCCUUUUUAAAAUAAUUUGCUAUUCAAUACUAGUCAAAUAUCUUAAGUUUAUUAAGAAACUUAUCUAUAAUAAAAUGAAUUUUUUGAAAAUAAAUAUAAAUUAUUACACUUUUUUGAGACAGGAAAAUCAGUUAUUUGGUUAUAUGACUUAAGUUUACCUGAUUAAUUAUGGAGACCUGUUUAGAUUUCUAAUUAUGUUGAAGUAUUACCAUUUUCAAAAUCACUAAUUUAUUCAGAUGGGUAGAUUUACAUAAUUGGGGGAUCAUUGCCAAAUAAGAAAAAGAGUAAUAAAUUUUAUUAAUACAAUUUUAAAAAUUAUUAAUUAGAAGAAAUUGGAUAAUUGA